AUGGUGGGCAUAACAGUUGGCGACACUUUGAUAAGAGGGGAGUGUUCUGGAUCUGCCUGUCCUUUGGUGGGGUGAAAGGGGAAAAAAAGCAGAGACACUUUAUAGUUCGCUGUCGGGACGUCUUGCGGUCCUCCCAGGCACUCGGCAGACUGCGCGGCUCGGCUUGGCACACAUCCUCUCUCCUGCCUUCGCCGGGGUGUCUCCUCUCCGGAACAGUUCCAAACAAAGGAAGUGUUUGCCCAGGAAGUGUUCUUCACUGUCUGUCAGAACAGGAAUCUUUCACCUUGGAAAAUGAAGAUGUUGUUGCCAUGGGAACUCUUAAUCCUUCUGUCACUCAAAGAGUGCUUUGCCGAGAAUGCCCGCCACGGUCCUGUCUUCACCCAGGAGCCCAGUGACAGUAUUUUCCCUAUGAGCACUGGCGACAAGUUGGUGUUCAUUAACUGCAGGGCGAAGGGUAACCCACCUCCACAUUAUAGGUGGAAAGUGGAUGGAAGAGAUAUAGACACAGACUCGGAUCCAAGCUACAGCCUUGCAGAAGGGAACCUGCUGAUCAAUAAUCCUCAUUUUAUCAAUCAUGGAGGAGUAUAUCAGUGCAUUGCUACAAACACAUUUGGAACCAUCGUCAGCAGGGAAGCAAAAGUCCAGUUUGCAUUUCUGCAGAACUUCAGCCAGAAGCCCAGGAACACAGUGACAGUAAGAGAGGGUCAGGCUGUGGUUCUCCUCUGUGGCCCGCCGCCCCAUUAUGGAGAGAUGAAAUAUUCCUGGGUUUUCAACGGCCAUCGCAGCUUUCUGCAGCAGGACGCCCGGCGUUUCAUUUCUCAGAGGACCGGUAACUUGUAUGUAGCCAAAGUUGAAGCCUCAGAUGUGGGGAAUUACACGUGUGCAGUGAGAAACAUGAUGACCAACACCACAGUGUUCAGCUCUCCAGCCCCUGUGGUGGUGCGGAGGGACGUGGUGAUGGGUGAAUAUGAGCCAAAGAUUGAGGUUCAGUUUCCUGACACCCUUUAUGUUUCCAAAGGAUUGUCAGUAAAGCUGGAAUGCUUUGCCUUAGGAAACCCUGUGCCUUCCAUCUCUUGGAGGAGAGCCGAUGGAAAUCCACUCCCUGGAAAGAUUAAAAUCAACCACUCCACCGGGGAUCUGGAAAUUCCAUAUUUUCGCCCAGAGGAUGCCGGCGUGUAUGAGUGUGUCGCUGAGAACAGCAGAGGGAUGAAUGCUGCCAGAGGGCAGCUGAUAUUCCAGAAUGUUGAACAUCUUCAAUGGACCCAGAUACUGAAAGAUGCCCAUAUGGCCAUUGAUGCAAACCUGCAGUGGGAAUGUAAAGCCAUCGGUAAACCUAAACCUAGAUAUCGAUGGCUGAAGAAUGGUCAGCCACUGACAGCAAAGGAGAGAGUUCAUGUUGAUGCUGGCAGACUGACUAUAUCCACGAUCCGUUUGUCAGACUCAGGGAUGUAUCAGUGUGUGGCAGAGAAUGAAUAUGGAUCUCUGUAUGCUAGCGCUGAGCUAAAGGUUGUAGCCUCGCCACCUGACUUUACCCACCGGCCUGUGAAAAAGUCAACAGUGAUCCAGAGAGGGGGAGAGGUGGUGUUAGAGUGCCGGCCCAAUGCUUCCCCCAGGGCCAUGAUUUCUUGGUGGAGAGGGGGCGAGCUCCUGAGGAACAGUAAGAGACAGAUGAUCCUGGAGGAUGGCACUCUUCGCCUCACCAACAUCUCCAAAUCUGAGGAGGGCAGUUACACGUGUGUGGCCAGAAAUCAUUUUGGUGCUUCCAGCAGCACAGGAUCGCUGGUAGUGAAAGAGCCCACCAGGAUCAUCGUUCCACCUUUAAGCUCAGAUGCCAGUGUGGGACAAAGCCUUGUCCUACCCUGUGAGGUGUCCAGUGACUCGUCCUUGAGCCCCGUCUUCAAGUGGUUUUUCAACGGCAAAGCCAUUGACUUCAGCAGGCAGGAGCACUUUGAGAUGAUUGGUGGGGGAUUUUCAGGUGACCUGAUGGUGAGGAACAUCCAGCUAAGGCACUCUGGAAAAUAUGUGUGUAUGGUACACACUGAAGUCGACACAGUGUCAGCAGCAGCAGACCUAAUUGUCAGAGGACCUCCUGGUGCCCCACAGGGCCCAAUCGUGACUGGCAUUACUGAAACUACAGUGCAGCUAUCCUGGGGCUCUGGACCAGAUAACCACAGUCCCAUCACCAUGUACAUUGUGCAAGUUCGGACUCCCUUCUCUAUUGGCUGGCAGACUGUGAGGACAGUUCCCGAUUCCGUGCCUGGACAGAUGAUGCACGCCACUGUGAAAGAUUUGAGCCCCUGGGUGGAAUACAAAUUCAGGGUGGUGGCAAUCAACAGUGUUGGUGUUGGAGAACCCAGCAUGCCGUCAAAACAGAUCCGAACCAAAGCAGCAGCUCCCAAGGUUGCACCAGUUAAUGUGAGUGGCGGCGGGGGAGCUCGAGGAGAGCUUGUCAUUACGUGGGAGCCGGUUCCAGAGGAACAGCAGAGUGGAGAGGAAUUCGGCUAUCUCGUGGCUUUCCGCCCGCUUGGCAGCAGCACCUGGAUCAAAACUGUGUUGGCUUCAGCGGACGUGUCCAGAUAUGUGUACAGGAAUGACAGUGUUGCGCCGCUGUCACAGUUUGAAGCCACUGUGGGCGUGUACAACAGCAUGGGAGAGGGGCCGUUCAGCCGUAUCGUAAAAGUGCUCUCUGCAGAGGAAGAACCAUCCACGGCACCGUCGAGAGUAUGGGCUCGUUUUGUGUCCGCCUCUGAGGUUGAGGUGUACUGGGAACCAGUUCCUCCCAGGUCCAGCACUGAGAAGAUCAUAGGGUACGAGGUUCUCUUUAGCGAGGAAAGCUCUCAGCAGAGUGAAGCAGACAAAGUAAGGGUUACCGACAGCAUGGCUCUGCUCUCCGGUUUGAAAAGCAGUACAGUCUACCUGAUCUCAGUCAGGGCCCAGAACAGUGCUGGACUUGGACCCUCCAGCACCUCCUUCAGUGUCACCACCAAGCAAACACCACCAAGGCAGCCCCCUGGGGCCAUUCAGUGGAACCUGACCAACUCAAAGAUCUUUCUAAAGUGGGAGCACGUCAAGGCGUCACAGAAUGAAUCAGAGGUGACGGGAUACAAGGUUGUGUAUCGCCAGACCUGGCAUGGCAGGACUACCAUACUGGAAACCAAUAAGACCAGCAUUGAGCUGCAGGUCUCUAUUGGAGAGGACUACGUCAUUGAGAUCACAGCUCUGACUGAGGGGGGCGAUGGCACCAGUAGUGGUCCCAUUCACAUACCAAAGAUGUCCAGUUUGAACUCAAAAGGAUGUGUGGGUCCAAUUCCAGCUAUUAUGCACCGUUUGCUCUUCUUUGUACUUAAUUUAUUAAUGCAUCUACUGUUACCUUUAUAUUAA